UCCCACCAGAAAGGCCCUCGGAGGCUGUAGUGGUUGGGAUGUCGCGCGUGUGCGAGUGUCCUCUGCGGCUGGAAAAGGGCUUCAUCUUGGAUGGUGUGGCCGUGAGCACCAUGGCCCGCACCUAUGAGCGCCUGAGGCCCAAGGUCUGGUCGGCGAUUCCGCCCUACAACGCUCAGCAGGACUACCACGCCCGCCGAUACUUCCGGAGCCGCGUGGUUCCGCCAGUGCUGCGCCGGACUGAACAGGAUCUCGGGGGCACAGGCAGGGAUGGCUGGAUAGUGGAUUACUUCCACAUCUUUGGGCAAGGACAGAGAUACCUGAACCGGAGAAACUGGGCAGGGGCAGGGCAUUCCCUCCAGCAGGUGACAGGGCAUGAUAACUACAAUGCUGAUCUGAAAAUGAUCAACGGGUUCAAUGGUCGGUUUGGCUAUCGCAGGAACACCCCAGACCUCCGCCAGCGCCCAUCGGUCUUUGGAGAGGUCACCCGAUUCCCUCUCUUCUGACAGCAUCUCUUCCCUUCCCACCCCUUGACCUGAAUAGAAGACAGAUGUUUAGACGAUCUCUCAAUUCUACUUUUAUAUAAACAGUGAUGUUAUUGUGCCUCCAA